AUGGCUACGAUGGAUGCUCUCUGGAUGUCAGCCUGGUCAUUGACCUCGUCGACAUGGAUGUUGAUAUCAGCACUGGCCCUGGUUCUUAUCUACGUGAUAUACAAAAGACACUCUCAACCUAAGAAAUACACCUUCCCCCCAAUAACCCCCCUCCCCAACUUCAACCAUGAAACCACAGACCCCAUAUCCCUCCGUCCCUUCAAACCAAAAUACCACUUAACCAUGGGCCUCACAACUAUACCCCCCUCAGACCUCCUCCCCAUCGACAAAACAUACGAAUCGCGUCUCGAGCUACGCUCGUCACUUAUCUCACAGCAUAGAGAUACAGUCAUCGGUGUCUGUGAUGAUAACGGGGGAGAUGCAAGAGUUCGCGAUGCUGUGGAAGAGUUGUAUGCGUUUGUUAUCGGGUGGUACUUACCAAGCCGGUAUCCGACUAUGUUUAGGGUUAUCGCUUCACCAGCCAGGGAGAAAGGAAAUGGGGAAGAGGUGCUGGAGAACAAAGUAACAGGCGAUAUCCGGCCCACAACACUCGACAGCACCCAAACCACAGAAUCAGCCCUAGAAAUCCUAGGCAAAACCAUCGAUGAAGACUUCCUAAUCCUCCUCCCCACCCAAUCUCCCAACAAGCCCCCAGAGGACCAGAAAUACCACCUCUCCGCAUACAUAACCUGCUACCCCAACGGUUUCGACCCAGCCCAGAAACUAGGCCUGCAACUAUCAACAAUCCACGCCCCCGUCCCGGGGUACAGCGAGAAAUUGGAGAAAAGCAUGGAUCGGUUUUUCUCGAGGAUCGAGGUUGGGAAGGUUGUUAAACGGGUGAAUUGGAGCGUUACGACGGGGGCGGGGCUUUUUGCGGCAUUUAAGGGGACGCAUGCGAGGGUUGGGGAGGAGGUUAGGGAGAUGGGGAGGGGGGAGUUGGAUGUUGGGUCGACGUUUCUGCGUUGUGAACGGCAGACGCUUCAUCGGUUACCGACUAAUAAAGCGUUGGUUUUUGCGCUCCAUACGUAUACGUAUCCGAUUCAGCAGAUCAAGGAUGAAGGGCUUGGUGAGGAAUUGGCUACUGCGAUUGACGGUUUGAAAGAGGGUAACAUGCCUGAGAUGCAUUUCUACAAACGGGGUUUUGUAUGGGGAGAAGCUGUCAAGGCGUUUUUGCGGAGUUAA